UCUUCCAAAUUAAUGUCCAGCCUUGGUUUUCCAUUUCCGUAGUCUAUUCUUUCUUUCUUCUGCGUGGUAUUCCAAUGGAAGAAGACGAAGGGGGACUGCUCCUAUGGAAGUCGGACUCAGCACCUCAAUCUAUGAUCUCAGUCACGGUUGGCAGAGUCAUGGUCACUCUCCUCGGUGCUCGCCCUAAGAAGCUCGCCGACGCCGUCUCCCGUCUCUUCCCCGACCACCGCCGCGGAGCUUCUUCACUAGAUUCUCUGGACGAAUCCCUCUGGUUUCUGCACAACUAUGUCAGGGACGCUGCUCAAAACCACGCCUCUUUCGAUGAAAUCCUCGUCCCCAUGAUCGAACAUUCAUUGAGAUUCAAGGACAGGAACUGGAAGCGAGGGGGGCAAGUUAUGGUGCUCCUCAACUGGCUGUUCCUUGAAGAGCUUAUUUUCCAGCCGCUUAUCAAAAAUCUUGCUGAUAUUAUUGCGAGGAAGGAUGAUCGCUAUGUCGCCCUCGGCUGGUGUAUCCUUGUUCGUAGUCUUGUGGAGUACGAGUCUGUCGCCAGUGAAUUUUCAUCGAAUGGGUUAAGGGAGAGAUUCAACGAUAUGUUGAAGGUAUUCUGCACAUGCAUUCCACGUCUGGCAUGUAUUUUAAGUAAAGGAAGUAGUAUGCAGGAAGGAUUUGAGUUACCUUCUCGCCUCUCAGUCUGUGCUGCUGAUUGUGUUGUAUCUCUGACUAAUGCGCUGACCAGAAAGUCUGAGGUUCAAACUAGGCAGAAAAGAUUAAAUUCAAGCUCAUCUCAUCAGCAAGUAACUUUCUUUUCAACUAUUGUUGAUGACCAGCGAGAGAAACAAAUUAGCAACUCUUCAAAAGACUCAGAUUCAGGCAUGGAAUAUUUACUCUGGCAUCAAUUAAAGGAUCUCGUGAUUUUAGUACAGAGGCUUCUUGCAUGGAGCAGGAAAAGUCGGCCAUUGCAUGCAAAAGGUCUGGAGCAAGUGCUUACGUGGUUGCAUGAGAUAAAUGUGCAUUAUGGUAACUUCCAAAAUGAGGCAGGAAAGGCAAAAUCAAAUAUUCUGCAAACUGGAGCAUUGCUACUCUCUUCUUGUUGGAGGCAUUACAGCAUUUUAUUAUUUUUGGAAGAUUAUAGAUUUUCUCAGCACUACCAAGAUUGGUUGAACCAGUACUUGUCAGGCAUCCAGUAUUAUUCAGGGCUGCAUACUGGGGAACAUAUCGGAAAUAAGGAUGGAAGAGAGACCACAAUUUUUUUCCUGAAUUGUUUAUGCCUUCUACUGGGUAGGCUUGACAGUAAAAGAUUUGAAAGCACAAUAUCAGAAUAUGGAACUCAGAUUUCUCAGGUUCUGCUAUUGCAGUUCCAUAGUACGGAUGAAGAUGUCAUUGACGAGGUUGUUAGCAUAUUUAAGGCAGUUUUUCUCAAUUCAAAUUUAUCAUCUGGAGGCAGUAUCCCUGAUAUUAGGCAACUAGAUGUUGUGAUGCCGUUGUUGCUUAACCUUCUAGACGAGCGGGAUAUGAUAGCUAGAGCUGUCACCAUUCUCAUUUCUGAAUGCUGUGUAAUGAGCGGAGAUAAUCAGUUCCUUUCGGAAGUCUUUAAGCGAUUUGAUUCUGAUAGUAUAAUACAGAGGAGGAAUGCUCUUGAUGUGAUUUCUGAAAUUAUUCAGAUGUCAUCAAAUACGAGAAAUUUACUGACUCAGUCAGCAUGGCAAGAUACUACUAACCGAUUACUCAAAUGCCUAGAAGAUGAAGAAAUUCUAAUCUGUAAACAGGCUGCUAAUUUGCUUCCUUGCAUUGACCCUUCUUUGGUUUUACCUUCUUUAGUACGUCUUGUCUACUCAUCAAAUGAUAGAGUUCUAGCAUCAGCUGGUGAAGCUCUCAUUGGGCUGCUCAAACGUCAUAAUCAGAACAUUGAAGCAAUCUUUAUGCUACUCGAUUGUGUUAGUGAUUUUAGCCUAUACGCAGCUCUUCCAAAUACUGGGGAUAAAGAUCAAGGAUCAAGGUUGCAAAAUGACCGAGUGCUCAGCCUAAUUCCUGAAUGGUCUCAAAGUGUUCAAGAUUGGGAGUUCUUGAUAGGACCGCUGAUUGAUAAGAUGUUUGCAGAACCAUCUAAUGCAAUUAUUGUUAGAUUCCUGAGUAUUAUAAACGAGCACUUGGUGAAAGCUACUGAUGUAGUCCUAAAGCGCAUUCUGUCAUAUGUGAAAGGACAGAAAGAGGUUAAUGAAGGCUUCUACAUUAGACGGAAGAGCGAAAACUACGAAGAUAUCUCUCUGAAUGUGCACCAAUCUCUGUUUCAGCGUCUUUGUCCAUUACUUGUUAUCAGGAUGCUCCCUCUUGAAGUUUUUAAUGACCUGAAUUUGUCUAUCAUGUAUGGUCAACUUCCUAACCAAGCAAUUAUUCGUGAUAUGGACAUUGUCGAUCCUACAUGUGUUGCAGCACUCUUACUGAACAGGUGCUAUAUCCUUUUGUUAGCUUGAUACUAGAAGAUGCUGCUGGUUCUCAAAAUAUACCAGCAAUAAAAGCCUGCCUUUUCUCGAUGUGCACCUCCCUUGUGGUCAGAGGUGAGCAGAAGCUUUCACAUUUUGACAUGUUUGAAAUCGUAAAAACCUUGGAAGUGGUUCUAUCAUGGCCGUCUCAGAAUGGGGAUGAAGUUUCCAAAUCACAACAUGGGUGUAUUGAUUGUAUGGCUUUGAUGAUAUGUGCUGAACUACAAGCUCCAAGCGGCUCCAAUUUGGAGAAGAUUGACAUUAAUCGGAAGAAAGGGCAUGCCACCUUACAAAAUUCUAUCCUCGGUUACGUUAUCCAUAAAUUAAUACAUGGUACAAGAGAACUAGUUUCAACCUAUGACUUCGGCAAUGAUGACAACAGAUCUGACAAUUCAACUCCUUUAACCUUUCGCCUCUGUAUGGCAAAUGUACUCAUUAGUGCCUGCCAGAAGCUUUCUGAUUCUCAAAAGAAACGAUUUGCUCAGAAAAUUCUGCCACAUCUCAUCGGUUUUGUUGAGGCAACAAGUACAGUGGUAGAUAUUAGAGCUGCAUGUAUCGGCGUCAUCUUUUCAGCCGUAUACCAUCUAAAGUCGGCUAUUCUGCCUUAUGCUAACGAUAUUUUCAGAGUCUCAUUAAAUGCUCUCAAAAAGGGGUCAGAAAAGGAAAGGGUAGCUGGUGCUAAGCUGAUGAUAUCUCUCAUGUCAAGUGAAGAUCCAAUUUUGGAGUGUAUUUCUGGAGGACUACUAGAAGCAAGAGAUGUGCUUUCAGGUAUAUCUUCCWUAGAUCCUUCAAUUGAGGUCCAACAAAUUUGCCAAAAGAUGCUCCAAUGUUUGCUUUCUUCAUGAGCCACUUUCUCAUCUUCCCCACAGCUAAAACUCAUUAAGAAAUUUUAUUGUUGUCUGAUAGAUGUGGAGUUCAUCUUAUUAAUUAUUUUGGAGAAGUUAUUGUCAACCAUGGUAAUUGGUAAAUGAUAAGUCUUUUUGGGAAAUUUUGAGGUUAGAGGUAUAUGUUUAAGAUGUGAUUAUUGUAGAUUAUUUUGAAAUUAGCUCGGUAUUUGAUGUGAAUUUUGUCCCCCCAAAAUUCUAAUAUACUAUAUUGAAUACUAUUGUGGUACAUAUUAGCUUA